CCUCCUGGGCGGGCGGAGGCGGAGCCGGGCGGGGCUAAGCGGCGCGGCGCUUCCUGGUCACCUGGGAGGGAAGGAGGCAGGAGCGGGCUGAGCCGGCGGCGGGGCUCGGAUUUGGCUGCCGCCAUGGCCUCGCUCUUCAAGAAGAAGACUGUGGAUGAUGUAAUAAAGGAGCAAAAUCGAGAGUUAAGAGGUACGCAGAGGGCUAUAACCAGAGACAGAGCUGGACUCGAAAAACAGGAAAAACAACUGGAACUAGAAAUAAAGAAAAUGGCUAAGACUGGUAACAAAGAAGCCUGUAAAGUGCUAGCAAAACAGCUUGUACAACUGCGAAAGCAGAAAAAUCGAACGUAUGCUGUUAGCUCUAAAGUCACUUCUAUGUCAACUCAAACAAAGGUCAUGAACUCUCAGCUGAAGAUGGCAGUAGCUAUGUCAACUACAUCAAAAACAAUGCAAGCAGUUAAUAAGAAAAUGGAUCCACAAAAGACACUACAAACUAUGCAGAAUUUCCAGAAGGAAAACAUGAAGAUGGAAAUGACCGAAGAAAUGAUUAAUGAUACUCUAGAUGAUAUUUUUGAUGCUUCUGAUGAAGAGGAAGAAAGCCAAGAUAUUGUUAACCAGGUGCUUGAUGAGAUAGGAAUUGAAAUCUCUGGAAAGAUGGCCAAAGCUCCGUCUGCUGCCAGAGGCUUACCAUCUGCAUCAACAUCAAAAGCUGCUACCAUAUCAGAUGAAGAGAUUGAACGACAGCUCAAAGCUUUGGGAGUUGAUUAGCUUGAUGGCAAUAUGCCGUCUGCCUUUUGAUUAUUCAGCUGCAGACAGAUGUAAAAAGUGCAAAUACUCUUUAAGUGUAACUGAUAUCUAGGAAAACUCUGAAGCUUCAGAAAUGACAGUUUGAACUUGGUACUGGGGACAAGGAGAAGGGGAGAAUAUUUUGAAUCAAUUUAUGAGGAGAGAUCUGCUUGGUGUGUCCAUUGCAUGGAUUUUUUUUUAGCUUUGGACCAACCAAGGAGGUAGUUCUAAUGAUAAAUUCAUUUAUACUUAUCUGGAACUGUCCUCUGACAGUUUUCUCCUGUCUCAGUUUCUGAUGUAUCUUCAGGGUUGGCUGUUCUGUGUCUGGUGGCAGUGCCUCCUAGGACAGCACCUAUAUAUCAUUUCUAUAGAAUUGUCACUAUAGGAAAACUUGUAGUUUCUCAUCUUAGCACAAAUGAAACUUCACCUUUGCUCUUAGCUGGAAACUAUUUUAUAUUGUUGAGAAAUACACUUGAAAGUGUAGCUAAUUUAGGCAGAAAGAAAAGGGAUUUUAUGCAUUUCUUUCAAGUUCCUGUAGUAACUUUGAAUGGGUUAAAUAAUAACUGGUUAUUCUUUUUACUGAGAGGGAAGGAUAUAGUCCUUGUGCAGUUAAUUUUCCUGGAAGAGGAUUUAAAUCUUUAGUGAACUUUGCAUGGAAGGCACUGACUGAACUCUUAUACUGUAACAUAGCUGGUUUCAACAGAAUUGCUGUGCCUUUAUGUAUAUAAAUCUGCUAUCUUUGUGGGGUUUUUUUCAGAAUGAGUCUUUGAAAGGUGACUAAACUUAUAAUUAAGAUGGUUUCAUAAAACACUGUCGAGACCUCUGUGUACACUUGAUGGGACUCUGCUGAAGUUCAGAAAUGCACUUGUUCAGACAUGCAGCUUGUGCUCUUGCAAAAAGGACAUUUGCCUGAAACAACAUUUGUAUAUACGUUACAGUAUUUCUUAAUGGAAGAUAACUGUGCAUAAUUGUAUUGUUUACUAAGAUGCAGUUAAUCACAUUGAUAAGCUAAAUCUAAAUCUUAGUUUUGAGAACAAUUUUGGAUGAUACCUGAUAAUUACUUGCCUAAACACUAUAAUAAAAGUGUUCUGGUCCUGUGAA